CGUCAUCUUCACAAUCUCGGCAAAACACUGGGGGCUCGUCUCGAAGUUUGGUGAAUUUCGAAGUCGCUGUGGGUUUUUUUUUUGUUUGUUUUUUGUGUAGAACGAAAACCCCAAAUUGAAUGGAAGCUGGCGCGUGCGUGUGUCCGCGAGCGCAGGCUGCCUUCAAAGUGCUCUUUGUCGCACACGACGUGCACCGACCCGCCUGGAGGAGCAAACAACAGCAGACAUGCUUGGGGAGCUUCUACUCUUGGUUCUGCUGACUUCGGACGGGAUGUGUGCCGGCGGUGUGACGUUCAUCAAACAUCCCAUCAAUCAGACGGCAUCUCAAGGAAACACGGUGCGCCUGGGCUGCGCCGUGGAAGGUCUCAUGGAACCCGACAUCAUUUGGAUGAAGGACGGACGCAAGCUGCUCACCACUGACCAGAUGUUCAUCAUGCUGGGAGAGAAGCACUGGGAGACAUUCCAUAGUGUGAAGUCCGUUCAGCAGCAGGAUGCGGGUCAGUACUGGUGCGAGGUGGACUUCCACGGGUCGACGCUGUCAUCCCAACCGGCUUGGAUCACAGUCGAAGGUGAGGAGUCCGGUUUUUUACAGGCGGUAUUGUUUUCAGACCGCCGCCAUCUUUGUUUUCCAGGCGUCCCGCACUUCACACAGGAGCCGCAGGAUGUGGCCACACUUCCGGGUAAGCCUUUCAACCUGACCUGCAACGCCGUGGGCCCGCCCGAGCCUGUUGAGGUUCUGUGGUGGCUGGCAGGAGUCCAGGAGGGCCAUGCCAGACCGUCCCCGUCCGUACUUCUGGUCCCAGGUGUCAACAGCACUGUCAAGUUCUACUGUGAAGCCAGGAACGCUCGUGGGAUCUCCGUGUCCAGAACCGGAACCGUACACAUCAAAGAGUUGCCUUCAGCUCCUGUUGCGCUCAAAGUUGCUGCGAUGGCGGCCAAUGACGUCACGUUGUCCUGGAAGCCAGGAUUCACGGGUCAUUCCAACUUAUCCGCCUGCGUCAUCCAGCUGUUACAGCUGUCUCCUGGGAGGCGGGAACUCCCGGAUGAGGAGGUGGCGGUUCCUCCCCACCGACAUGUCCUCUAUGGACUCAACAGCCAUUCCAACUACAGUGUCAGAAUUUCCUGUCUGAAUGAGUUGGGGGCGUCGCCUUUCUCCCCCUGGACGCGCUUCCUGACGCCUGAGUCAGUGCCCUCCACAGCUCCUAAGAACCUGACCUUUGACCUCUCUGAGAAGCAGCUGAGUCUAAGGUGGGCGGAGCUUGAGGAGGAAGAGCUUCAGGGCAAGCUGCUGGCCUACAAGUUGCAAUGGACUCUGGGAGGAGAGCAUCAGGAGCCUCUGCUGUUUAAGGACACCUGGGCUCACCUGUCCGGGGCGGGUCGUUUCUUUAACGCAUCCGUCCAAGUGGCGGCCUGCACGGUGGUUGGAUGUGGACCUUGGAGCCCCCCUGUGGUGGUGCUGCCUGCUGCAGGUGUUCACGUGCAGCGGAACCACAUCUGGGUCGGUGUCUUAUUUGGACUGCUGGCAUUGACUGUGCUGGCGCUGCUCUUUUCUAUCUGCGUUCGCCAGCGUGGGAAGGAGACGCACUUUGGUUGGGUUUUCCAGCCCGACAGCGCCGACACUUCGGUCUCCUUCACGGCCGCUCGCUCCUUCAGCAGGAAUGGCGGCGACCUGCAGCAGUCUACACUGGACACACUGUGCAUCAGUGAGAAUCUGAAGAACAAGUUGAAGGAUGUUCUGAUUCCUGAGAGGCUACUAGUCCUCGGACAUAUGCUUGGCAAAGGUGAGUUUGGUUCGGUGCGAGAGGCGUUCCUGAAGACAGACGAGUCCCUGGUCCAGAAGGUUGCAGUCAAAGUUUUGAAAUCUGACAUCACAUCCUCAGGUGACAUCGAGGAGUGUCUGAAAGAGGCGGCCUACAUGAAGGACUUCCAGCACCCCAACGUCAUUCAGCUUAUUGGAGUGAGCCUGCACCGACGUCCGGGUCAGCGUUUGCCCAUCCCGAUGGUGGUGUUACCUUUCAUGAAGCACGGAGACCUGCACACCUUCCUCCUCUUGUCCAGACUUGGAGAGCAGCCAUUUGACCUGUCCAUGCAUGUUCUGGUCCAGUUCAUGUUGGACGUGUCUCGUGGGAUGGAGUACCUGAGCAGUCACAACAUCAUCCACAGAGACCUGGCGGCCCGCAACUGCAUGCUGGAUGAGAACAUGGUGGUAUGUGUGGCAGACUUCGGUCUUUCCAAGAAGAUCUACACAGGAGAUUACUACAGACAAGGGUCCGUUUCCAAGCUCCCCGUCAAAUGGAUCGCUUUGGAAAGUUUGGCUGACAACGUGUACACCACGCAGAGUGACGUGUGGGCGUUUGGCAUUACCAUGUGGGAGGUCAUGACCCGGGGUCAGACUCCGUAUCCGGGAGUGGAGAACUCCGAGAUCUACGAGUAUUUGAUCCGAGGAGAACGCCUGAAGAAGCCUGCUGAGUGUAGACAAGACAUCUAUGACAUCAUGCACAGCUGCUGGAGUCCGGUCCCCAAAUGUCGGCCCACUUUCCAGCAUCUGGUCGGCAUGUUGGAGGCGCUGUGGCUCAGCUUGUCCCCCUCCCGCGCCCACAAGGAUUCCUUGCACUAUGUCAAUGUGGAAGGGGAGGACAGGGAGGUGUGCAGGGUGGGAGGUGUUGCCCCAGAUUCGCAGGAGGGUGACCGGUGGAGGACCCCGUGGAGGCGCAAUAUGAAGGAUGAAGAGCAGGAGGAGGGGAAUUGGCUGAUGACGCCAUCCGGCGCCGCUUUGGCCAUUGGAGGAGGAGACUACAGGUACAUAGUGGACCCCUGUGAAGGGGAUGGCGGAGAUGUUGCUAGACUGGAGGAGGAUGACGACGUAGUCAUUCAUGUGUGAACACGCCCGACUGGACGGAACUGGAAGUCAGCUGAUGGGAUGAACUUUGAACUUUGGCCAAGAUUUUGUUGUGACAAUUGAAAAGCUUUUAUUUGACUUUACAACUUGUAACUGGUGAGCAUGCUCAAUGCUCAUGCUAACAACACUCGACAAGAAUGUCUGUAACCUCUGCCAAGGACAUUGUGUGCAAUCAAUCCUUUGCCCGACGCUUCCCACUACUUCCUGUUUCAUCAACAUUGAAUAACAUCAAAAAUGAGCUGAUUUUCAUUUUAUUCUAUAAGACGGAUGGACUUCUUGUGCGCCCCUUCACAAAUGUUAACAUUGUGUAAUUAUGCUAACAAAGCUAAUUGGUGAUUUAAGAUAGCAUUUGUUAGCUGGGUUUGGGUUAAGCUAACAAACGACUUAAGAGGAUUUGACAUAUCAAGCCUUCUUGUCCCAAUACAUGCCUAAUACACAUUACUAACAUUCAUGACUAAUAGUGUAAACUAUGACUACUGUAUAUGUGAUUACUACUGUAUACAAAGCUAUUACACAUACUGUAUAAACAACUAUAUCACUGUACAUGGCCAAUACAUGACUAAUACUGUACACAUUACUAUUCUUCAUGCCUGCCAGUUACUGUAGAUUUUUUAAAUUAAUUAAUUGACACCAGUUUAUAAAAUCUGCUGCUAAAUGUGAACCCCCCACCCCCAAUUUCUGGUGUCACCCCUGUACAUAUAUAGUACUGUACGUAUUAAUUUAUAAUAAAUCUGCUACGUGUCA